UUUUCCCUCAUUUUCCUGGGGCUGCUGCGCCGCGCUUCUCUCUCUCGCCUUCUCCCUCUUCGCGGCGAUCCGGGUUCCGCUGCAACGGCCCCUGUCGACUGUCGUCUUCUCUUCUCCCUCACGGCGCUCGAUCCCUCCGGAUUGCCGCGUAGCGGGAUCAGUGGUUUAGAGGAGAGGAAGCGCUGAUUGACGCUAACCGGGUGUUCUUACCAUUUUUAGAUUCAGCUGGUUGAACAGAACUAGUAAAGAUGUCAUCAGAAGGGAACAAAGAUGUGCCUAAUGAAGCUUUGUCCGUGGAUCUGUCAUCGAUUUCUGGUGCAAAGCGCAAGCGUGGCCGCCCAAGGAAAUAUGAGCAUCCUGCAUAUGAACUACCACAGAAGGUACAGCCCCUCCAAAGCGCCCCGCCUCUUCACUGCUCACAAGAUGGCUCAAGUAUGGCCAGCCAUACAUCAGGCGGCUAUGCUCAUGGUAGUUGGUCCGCACAACCUAGGAAUUCGGUUAAUGCUUCUAUUCAAGGUAAUUCUGGCAAGGAUGACGUUCUCGGCAAGCAUUUUGUUGGCAAGCUGACCAAGAAAAUCCCUGGGUUUUCCCUCAUUACGGUAAAAGUGAAGGACAAUCAGGUGCUCAAAGGUUGGGUUCCAGAUGAAAUUAAUCUCCGUCCAAUAACACCUAAGGAUGACCUUGCCCCAGAGCUACCCAUGCUUCGACCGAGUCAUGUUCGGAAGCGAGCAUCAGCAAUCCACAUGCAAACAGCUCUUACUGUGCCAUUGCACUUGGAGGAUAUUACACUUGCAAAGCCUCUGCAGAUGAGGAGGCCUGUCGAGGAAACUAUUGCUAAGCACUCUGUGCCUCUUGCUCCUAGGCCUUACAUGGGUUCUGGUGUUGUUGCGCCAGUACCUAUAUCAGUUGCACUUGCACCCAAUAAUCCUGAAUUGACAAGUUUGACCAGGCAGGAUGCUGAACUUGUCAUCCCACAAUCAUCAGUUGCUGCAGUGCCAAUUACAUCUGUUCCUCCAUGCAAGCAACUGGCUAAUCAAAACGAGUUUACUGAAAAGAAUUAUGUUGAUGAGUUUCAGAAAGAUUCAGAAUCUCGAAAUGUAACCAAGGAGUUACCAGGGGAAAGGCAACAGCUUAAUGAUCAAGUGACAGAUGUGGUUACAGAAUCUUCUGGUCAAAUCCAGAAUACUGAUGCAACAGUGUCUGAUAAGAUCAAGAUAACAUCAGGCGCCAGAGAUCAGCCAAAUCCUGCAAAUAGUGAGCAGCAUGAGCAGCAGAGUUCUAAGGAACCAUCAGACAUCACAGAACAAUAUGAGCAGAUGAAGACAGAGACCGAUGUCCAAAAAGGAGUUGAUGCCUCAAAGUCAGAUGCCUCAGUUCCAGAUGACAUUCAGCCUGCGUGUGAUGAACAAGAAAUCAAGGUUGGCUGUAAAUGAAAGUAGAGAUCAAGAUUCAAGAAACACAACACAGAUCAUGAUGUUUCUGUCAGGCGUAUUGGGAUGUGGAGCUGGAGUUUUACUGAAUGGCCCAAUGCUUUAGGUGUAGGCCCAUUUUUUUACAUUUUAGAUUAAGUAGAGAUACAUAUUUUUUUAAAAAAAACCAACAAACAGCAGUGUAGCACAGAUAGAAUCGCAAACGAGAAAAAAGGAGACAGAAACAUACUUGGUCUUUUCAAUUUUAGGAAGAUGGCAUGCCUUAAAAGUUAAUUUUGAACUCCUAAUCUUGUAAUAUAACUUUGGGCCCGUUUGGUUCCUUUAGUUCUGAGACUAAAGUUUAGUUAUGAGACUAGAGUUUAGUUUUGGUUUUA